CUUUCGCUUUCACCCAAUGGGAUCUCACUUUCGCGCUCGCCCGUAGACGAGCCUCGGUAGCACCGAUCGGCACACCGCAUGCUUGCCACACGUAUUGUCGUCACUUCAGUGUUACUAGUGCCAGGGAGAGCUCCGUGUGUCCCUCUGCGCUGCUAUAUAUUUUAUACCAAAACUAACAUUAGAGAGUGAGAGAAAAAAAAACCCCAAAAAUCCAGUGAGUUGUUCGAACAUUUCUUUGAUCAACAAUUGAACUCAAAUAAUUCGGAUUUUGUUUUCCUUUGUGAUUGAACAUUUCGUUGGAAUAUUAACAACAAUUAUUACAGAGACAAGUGUUUUGUUGAUUGGUGCUGAGGAGACAGUGUAUAAAGAGAAUUGGUAGUGAGAAUAGUGUGAUAAUAUACCCCCAGCCGCACAACCGCGCGCUGCGGCGGUGACCCUGACAUUCGUGCGUCGUGCCUCAACGAAGAUCGACGCGCGCCGCCACUCGAGUGCCCGCUCUGUGCCGGCAAUCAUCGGGGAACGCUGUCCAGUGUGUUGGUGCCGCUAUAUCAAUCAUAAACCCAAGAUUAAUCGAGUUUAUUUCAAUCGUAACUAAUCGGAAAGCCAUUUAACCUCCAGAUUCCGACAAAAAAAAAAACAAAAAUACAAAUAACCAGUGAUCGUCCCGAAAUUCGUCAUCUUUCGAGCAAAACAAUUCCGUGAAGUCCUUGAACUCUGAGUGAAUAUCCAUUGAAUGGGAGCUGAACGUAGAGUGACUGUUAGCAACAUCAGGAAUGCUCCAGUAGGUUCGCAUCCAUCUGAUAAACAUUGUGUUGUGCAUCGACAGUUGAGCAGGUCCUCGAGAGCCAGUGAUACGAGAGAAUUUUGUUUGUGAUUUUGUGGCGUUGUGAGGUGAUAUCAUGGCACCGAGGCGUCACGCUGGUAAUGGUCAUAUCGGUGGACUCCUAGAAGUGGCGGGUAAUCACGAGACAAUGGAGAAUUUUGGUAAUGGCCCCAGCAUCAUGGGGACAACUCACUGCUGUACACCAACUGGUGAGUGCCUUCGUAAUGACACGCCAAUUCGUCUCAAUGUCCUUCAGGAUGUUGUCAAAGUAACUUGUAACAAUGAUAGCUGUCCAAUGGGACAGUAUAUGCAUCGUGAGUGCUUUGAUGCAUGGGAACAGACAGUUCUUACGUAUCUUAAGAACUGUGGAAGAGCUAGAAGUUGGUCGGAGCGUCAGCGUCAUCAGAAUCUCUGGACGAAAAAAGGUUAUGAUCUUGCUUUCAAGGCUUGUGGCUGUCGGUGUGGCCGUGGACAUCUUAAGAAAGAUCUUGAUUGGAUGCCACCCGGUCUUAAUGCAACUGGUUGUCGUACUGAUGAGGCUGAUGCUAAGAAGAAGAAGAGACGCAAUCGUCAGAAUACCAGACCUAGUCUUGCUGUUUCGGCUGGGCCACCACAUGGUAAUCAUGGUAAUCGGCCCAGUGAGGCACAGUUGAUUGAGUCUAGGGGACGCGCUGGGUCGUUGUCUUCUAGCAAUGGCUCUUGUUCACCACCCGCUACCAGUGAGACUAGUGUCAGCCCACUUCAUCAGCCCCAGAUGCUUGUCAAGAAGAAGAGCAGGGUCGAGUUCUUUGGGGAUCAUCGGCUUCGUCAAAGCUGUGGAGCCAACGGUAUCUUCUCCCGUCGCUUGGAUUUCAGUGCAUUCAACAGCCUGCCAAAGACCAAGCUCAACUCGUAUCAUAUCAAGAUCGAGGACGAGGGAAAUCAUGGUAACGAUGACACCAGGUGCUUCAUACUGUCGACACUGGCUGCACUGCAGUGGUCGAGAGUAUCGUGUGUAUUGUGCCGAGCGGCGAUGCUAGUCUUCGACAGGUAUCCACUGGUGGAUGGUACCUUUUUCCUGUCGCCGCGGCAACACUCACACUCCUGCGCCGAGGUGAAGGUCGAAGGUCGCACGCAAUUUUUAUCGGCCGUCUGCAUGAGCUGCUUGGAGGGCAGUGGAUCGUCACCAGUGCGCUGUCGCACCUGCACACAACCAUGGGAUGGAUCGAGUCUUGUGUUGGGGACUAUGUACAGUUAUGAUAUUUUUGCUGCAAUGCCGUGCUGCACUGAACGUCUUAAGUGCAACAGCUGCCAGAAACCGCUAAUAUAUCCCCACCAACGAUUGAAUUUUUACUCCGACUACAGUCGUGUAUUUGCGUGCCCACAUUGUCACAAAGUCGACGCACACUUCGUUAAACCACUGUCAGCAUGUUUCACACGUGAACAAUUUCAAUUGUAUAGCCAGUGGCCGUAACCACUAGAGAAACUAGGUGGUUGCCGGUGUAAUAGAAUCAACGAAAUCAAUGACGAUGAUGAAUGUUUUAUUAAAUUAGCUGAAAUUCUAGCGCCCGGAUUAUUAUCUAUUGAUAAAAGUCAUGUUACGCCAAGUUGCAGUCGAUACGAACGUACGAGUCAAAUUGCUCGUCGUUAAUUCCACCCCCCGCCCCUUCCCCCCUCCUCCCGUUUUUUCGGGAAUUCAUUUCUUCAGGUAAAAUUCUGAUAAAUAAAUACGAUGGAGUUGGAAUUUUUAGGAUGAAUACGUGCUCUCUGGAGUUUUAUUCCGGAUCAAUUAUUCUCUUAGUCCUCGAGGACACCUUAGAAUUCCCACUAUUACCUCACAGAUUAUAUCGAUUCGAUAAUAAAAACACUGCCUUGUCUCAUCUCGUUUUAAAAAUCAUAAAAAAAAGUGCUCACAAGUCAGAAUGAAAUAUUCACCUUUUGAUACAUCUCAAGAGCACGUAUGCAUUCUAAAUAUUUUUUGAUAUUUCCUCAACUAAUCUCAAUCCCAGUGAAUGAUAAAGUUACAAAGAAACACACGCCCGUUUACAUGUAUUAGUCCAAUUAUGUAUACUGAUUGAACACCUAAAAAUAGUGGAGGUAAAAACAUUGAAAAGCAAAAAAAAAACGAUAUUGAAAUCAACUUAAUUUACAUUUGUAUGAGAAAAAGAAAAUGAUGAAACACUUUUGUUAGGGGGAAAGAAAUACUAUUGUUUGUUAUUUAGAUAAUCGAUAAACAUUGUUUUCUUUUUUAACAUUUUAUUAGUUUAAUGAUAAUGAAGGAUGGGAAAAAUAAUAUUGUCUAGGCGGCCAUGUUGUUUUGUUUGAAGUUGCGACAGUUUGUCGUAGUUUUUGACCCUAAGCAUGGAAAUUAGAUUUCACUUUUUUUUUUCUUGCUAUUUGAGAUGAGUUUUUCCUCAGCUCCGUGCUAUUUCGACGGCUCCUGGGCUUUACCAAGAUCGGCAUUUUUAUUUGUGAAAAUUUGCGAAUACGUCUGGAGUGCAGGGCUUUUAGAAAAAAAAAAUUUCUUUUUGUUGGAGGCAGGGGGAAAAAGCAUUACACUCUGCCAAUAGAGCUGUGAAACUCAAUGCCGCUCAGAACAGCGCGGAGAGGAGAAAUAUAAACACCCAAGCAUAUGCAAUACGUGGUAUUACAUAUAUAUAAAUGGAGAGGACUCGAGUAUCUCGGGAAUUCACGCGUUUCCUUUCAGUUUUCAUUUUUUUUUCGCUCUUUCGUUUCUUUCGUUUAUUUUCUAGCGAUGCUGGUCGUUGCUGCAUACACCCAAUAGCGGCCGUCCCCCUGAGUACUAAAGUUAAUGACUGUAUGUGCGUGGUUUUUAUUCUCAACGGCUCCAAGGUACAUUUUUUUUUAUUCUAUCGUACAGGGCUUUCGUUCCUCGGAUUUUAUCAUUAUUCAGUUUUGGAUGUGAGGGGACCACUGGGGAAAUAUCGAGAGGAAUGGCCGAGAUGUGGGGCUUAGUGUGGAAAUUAGUCUGGGGAGAGUUUUUGCGGUUAAUAGUUUCAUUGCGGAGGAAUUUUUUGUGGAGAUUUUUAAACAUUACAUUUUUUCCAAGACCUAGUUAUACGGAGAAUGGAUAGUUUCGCAAUAACCCGUCAGUUUUUUAAAAUUCAUCUAAUUACUUCUCAUGCUGCGUUGAAUUAUCUCACUGGAGAGGAACUUUGCAGGUAAAUGUUAAAAGAGAUUUUUUUUAGAUUGCGUUGGCUGAAACAUAAGUCUUAUGUUAUUUGAUUUUAUAGCAUAAAAAAAAUUUGGUUUCAAGAUAGAAGCGAAAUUACGGGAACUAUCUGGUUUCUCACCAAAACCUUUUUAAUUAAUAAUUAAAAUUUAAUCAUCUCCACCAAAGUUUGCGCUUCCUCGUAAAGUAAUUUAUAACUAUGCAAAAAAAAUCGUAAACCACCGCUUGAUUAUUUUCCAAACAUGACAGCCCCGGUCUAGCGCCUUCUCCUCUUGCCCCCUCCCCCCUCCAUCUUAUUAAUAGCUAAUUCGUUUUUUCAAUUAUGUCACUGAGUUAUCAAUUUUCUCACAGUGCCAAAUAUCUCUAGGUUUCUCACAAUUUCCCAUUAUUUUUUCGCCAAUUAAAUCCCCCUUUGCAUUAAUAUUCGCCUCAUUUUGCGGCGUAGCUGUCGCGACAAUAUUCCUAUACAUAUGCGUUUUAUCAAUUAGAAAAGAAAAAUGGAAAUUAAAGACGCGGUAAUCGAGGAUAAUUAACACUCCCUACCCGUUUUCAAUUUAAUCAUCAAGCAUUUUUGUCGAUAUAUCAAAGUGGUUCGCCUGAAUUUCGACUCAAAUUUGUAAAAAAAAAAAUCCCUCGCGGUAAUUCUUUGUUCUCGUAUAUUUCAUUUGAUUAAUUAAUAUAUUAAUAUAUCCACAGCGCCUGGCGCAAAAAAUUAAAAAUCCUCUGACUUCGUCGUUCCUGUAUUCUAGGAAUAAACUAAUGUUCUAGUUUAACAUAAUGAGCUAAUCGUGUAUAAAGACCGUUUAUCUAACCGUUAAGGUUUUUACUAGGCAGGGAUAAAUCUAAUAUUAAGGCAAAACAAUUGGGUACUCAGUCGUACUAUUACAGUAAUUGAAGCGAUUUACAUAAAUCGAUUAUUUAAAAACACAAAAAUACAUAAAGGUUAAACAUCUUUCAUUCUAACGUAUCGGUUUCGUCAUUUUAAUGUCCGUCAUGCUUCGGAUUAAAACGUAACACAAAAUUUAUUUAACUAGAGGUGUAGUAAAGUUCUUUCAAUUGCAAAUGUAAUAUUUCAGGGGAUCAUUGGAAAUGUGAAUGAUGGAAAAUUCAUUGUUUAAUCUAUUUUUCAUUAUUUACAUUAAUGGUCAAGGGAAAAACUAUGAGAAUUUAACCAAUUCAGGAAAUAGUUGGAUGGAAAUUACUUCAGAACAUAUGGUCAACUUCUUGAAAUUUCUUAAAAUGCAAUUCAUUUUCUGAUAUGUUUAUUAACUAUUUUAAAUAUUUUCUGCAUGAUUGCGUGCAGUAUAGAUUUGCUGAUUAACGCAAUGGUAAAAUUCACCUACGAUUCGUUUUCCAACCGUCGCAUUCAUCAGAAAAUCUUUACUGCACUUAAUACGUAAUUUACUAUUUCCAAAUUGAACUCUUCGUAUUCAAUUGGAAGUACACAUUAAAUUACCCAACAUCAACUGUUUUCUCAAAAAAAACAAAAAAAUUAAAAAUGAUAUUUCCCGAAUAAUUGAAAGGACUUUAAUGCAGAAUAACGUUUCAAUACGAUAAAUAGCAUGCGGAUACCGACGAAAUGGGCGAGAGGAAAAAGUCUGUUCGAAAACGAAGAGCGUAGUAGCGGGGCUAGAUAAUCACCCUAAAACCCAUCACGUAAUUAAGCUCGUGGCGACAUUUAGCCGUCCGACAUCCACCGAAGUUUUUUGAAAUCGGAUGCUGGAUAGUGUAUGUGUGUGUGUGAGAGUGAAAAAGAAAGAGAGAAAACAUGAGCCUCGCUGGCGCGAAAAUCGUUCAUCGGAAAAAUUUUAAAAAAAUGAAAAAUCGAAUGGAAUGAAACAACAAAAGGAACGAUGAUCGCGCUGCGGUUCUCUUCCUAAAUAGAUGAGUUUGAAAAUUAAAGAUUAACUAUUUAACGUAUAUAUCUGAAUAAAAAUAUUUAGGGAAUAGUCCUUUUUGUAACCGGUGAGCGUAUCUUUGCAUAUAUUAGCCAAUAAGUUUUAACGAUUAAAAGAAAAACUAUUUAGCAUUAAUGAAAAAUCCCUUUUUUUACUCCGGUCACCAAUAAGAUUUUUGUACCUUUGCUAUAUAAACUCAUAUUAUAUUAUAUUAAACAUAUUAUAUAGAGUAUAUCGACGCGUGAUGCAGGGGAAACAGAAAUGCAUAUGGAAAGGGCAAAAACCCACCGAAGCAAUUAAUCAAUUAAUUAAAUAAUUCCUGGAGUCAGGAAUUACCUUUGUUUUAAUUGAUGAAAUUAUGUCCCAUUGAAAACGCUAUAUUAAUUUUCCAUCGGCCUAUACCCUCCAAAAGCCCUCUCCAUGUGCAUUAAUAAUUUCCAACGAGAAUUGAAUCGAGUGCAGAUGACGAAAACGAGAAAAAUAUAAAAAAAAGGUUUUGUAUCGAUGUUUUCUAGAGAAAAAGAUUUAUGGGUACGAUAUUCGCCGGCCGGUACCCCCUCCCUCCCCCCUUAAAGAUGACCCGACCCAUCAAAACCCGAAUAUAUCGUUUAAACUCGAACUGGAAAAAUAUCUCCGACAAUUUCAAUGAAUUUCUUUGCAGAAGAUAACAAUUGGUUUCGGUGGAAAACAAAUGGGUCUAGACGCGGUUGAUCAUCUGGUUUGUGGACAAAAUAAUAGAUGAGAAAAUGGUUAUGAGUAGUUGAUAUAUUGAAUAGAGUUUAAAAUUAUUCAUUACGAUGAAAGGAAAAUUCUAGGUUUUUGUAGUCUUACCAAGAAUUAAAUGCAUUUAUCCAACAAAAAAAAAAUAAAAUGAAAAAUGUUUUUAACCGGGUGUCUGGCAACACGUUUCAAAUAUUAUAGUUAAUUUUUCUUCCUUGUUUUUAAUGAUCAUUCGAAUAUCUCGGGUUGAUGGCUUUUGAAUAAACACACGACACGAAGUCAACAAUUUUUUUAUAAGUAAAAAAACUAUAAACGGUAGAUUAUCUCAGGUGAAUAGGAUUUGUGGUGUUUUUUCAUGACUGAAGUCGAAUUGCUCGGAUAGAGUUGUAUUUGUAAUUAAAAUGGCUGUACCGGCAAUAGAGCGUCACAAUUAUAAUACAUAUUAUAACGUAAAUACGAGGGAUUAAUGAGGAUUAUGAUAAUCCGUACAACAUUUGCCAAUUACGGAUGUGUUUUUUUUCCCGUAAUUAUAAAGUAGAUUUAGAGAAACUAUUGAAAUCGAAUAAACAAUCUAGGAUUUAAGGAAUUUCUCAGCUGUGGUAGACAACUAUAGGAGUUUAAUCCGAGACUCGGCAAACACGAUGAAAUGUAUACAUAUAUUAUUGCGAUUAAAAUUAGGUAGGAUUUUUUGAUGAAGAGAUAUUAAUGAUUAAUCAGUAAAUUGUCGGUUUUAGGCGUUUGCCACGAGACGAGUGUGACAAGAAUUCUUCGUCCCUUCGAUAUAAUCAUUUUGCGUAUCAGGCUCAUUAAUCUGUUGAUUAUCGCGAGAAUUUUAUCGAUCACAAUUGCAUCCACGUCUCGUGGAGGGAUCAUUGACUGUAACCCCUAGUGUUAAAAUAUUAAAAGCCAUGAUUUCUCCCAUCACCGUGCACGUUUCACGGUACUUACGCUCAUCCAAUUAAGUUUUCACAGAUUUAACUUACCGUAAUGAAAAAAAAAAAAAUUAAUGGAAAAUUCCCGACUGUUUUCCUAUCUAUUCGAGGAAUGGGUGAUUAAUUUAUGUGAUUGUGUACGAAAAACUAUUUCUAUAUCGAGCGCUACUAGAAAUUUCGUCAACAUCUCGAUUGACAGGUAAAAUCAAGAACGCACGAUAAAAAUUAGUGAUUUUCAAGGAAAAAAAAGAUCAUUAUUGAUGAAAUACAAAACUGUCCGUUUGUUGAUCAAAUCGAGUCAUCAAUUGUCUAGACGAAAGGAAAAAUAUACGAAUAAGUGCACAAUUAUCACUUCAGUUUUCCAACUCAUUGGAGCGCUGUCAGGAGUCAUCAACGUUUUCAUUAGCAAUUGAAAUCAUCGAGGCAUAUGUGUUUCCUUAACUCAAAGGUAAUUCGAUCAAUAAAUUAAUUAUCAAACGAAAAUAUUUUCAAACAAGUAUGGUCGAAGCCCAUCGUUAUUCAUAAAGUCCGAAUUUCUUUAUUUAUUGAUCGAGUUAACGCGCCAACUCUCCACGUGAGAGAUUAAGAAAAUGAACAAGAAAACAAAACACAAUUAUCACAAAUAAAAUGGAUUCUAUUUUCUUCGAAAACUGUUGAAUCCACGGAACGGUCAUAUUGGAAUAGUGGCGAAGGUACAAAUGUACAUAAUAAAAAUAGUGUUGUUAUAAAAUAUAUCGCAACCUCUCAUUGACCGACAGAAAAAGAAAAUAAUAGGAAUGACGCGACCGAUAAAAUGACAUAAAAGGAUCCAUAGUCGAUCUGUACCUCAAAAUGCGUCGGUGAGAGGAAAGGAGAGCCGAUAAGAAAUGAUUAAAAAGGGCAAUACAUGACGAGAAUGCGUUAGCAGUCGACUUUAUCGUCUUUGGACCCACCCCGAAUUGUGAAGGGGUUCACUCUGAAUAUCAGAAUUACCAGUAAAUUGUUUUGUUUUUUUUCUCAGUUUCUGUUGUUCUCGGUUUUUAUCCAUAUUGUUUAUAUACCACAAACACUAUUAUAGGAUUUCUCAUAUUCAUCUCAUUCUAUUCGAUUGGUUUACGUGAAUUUUUUAAAUUGACAAUAUCAAUAUUGAAUGCUUUUUUCAUUUCUGCAAAUAAUGGAGAGUGCAAUAAGUUGUAAAAUAUUUAUUGAGAUCUUCAUUAUUUUCAAGAGCUGAAAUUGAACUGAAGGGGUUUUAUGAGUGAAAACUACUGAAAUCCAAAAAAAAACUGCACAAUGUGAAAGUUCGCUGGAAAAAAAUUAUUCAUUUCCCAGCGACUUGAUGAAACGAAUUGAAAUUAAUCUCAAGUGGAUAUAUAAUGUCAUUAAAUAUUCAAAAAUAUGAGCUUUACAUGGCCUUCCCUGUGGCGGCAGUGGCUUUCAAGAUGUUGACGCUUUCACACGUAUUUUUAGAUAUUUUUGUUCAUUAUUAUUGAUUCGUUUCAGAUUAUCUUUAAUUCGUUCAUUCACUUCUUGUAAAAGCAGUUAAUCCUUUGAGCGAUCUUUCAGUAAUUUGACUGGAGCCCCUUGAUGUUCUGCAUUCAAAUCGAUCACUUGAUUCUUUAAAAAAAUCAUCAAUUCAAUCAUGAAUAUUAUUUGUGUACGGUUUUAGGGAGAUUUUCAAUGAAACAAUGUCUAUACAAUUUCAAUGGUUUUUAGAUAAAGGAAAAACGUGUUAAUAAAGCCGAUAAACCUCAUUCCCCUCCUAUAUGUUUUCAUUACCAUUUCAUUAGGACUAAUCAUUGUCUGAAUGACGUGUGGAUGUGCUACCCCUGCCCCCUCUCCCUAACACAAUUUUAUUCAAUAGAUUGUCAAUGUAAUGAUUAUUAGAGAUACGAGCGUAAUUAUUCGGUUAUUAACGGCGUCUUCUAGGCAAGUAGUAAUUCUAGUGGAAAAAGACGGCAAUCAAGGGGUGUUUAUCCUCCCGAGUAUUCAGGUUUCAUGAGAAUACUCCUGUGACAAUGCAAAUAAUUUUAACAAAAACUCGCUGAAUUGGUUUUUCAUUACAAUAUUUCGGCCAGUUUCGGGAGAAUUUAACAUUUACGGACUAAGGGUAGUAAUUUACUUGUAGUUUACUCGUAAUUUUGAAACAAAAAAUGGAAAUUUUAAAUUAGGAAUUUUUCUAUUUAAUUAGUCAAGUAAUUUCGGGCAUUUUAAUUCGGCUGUGUUAGUAAGGGUGAAUAAAAACGCGCAAAAAUUGAUAAAAUUGAUAAUUUUUUCAAAAGAUAAAUUGUAAAUUCGAAUAAGAAAUUUUUCGUAAACCUAAAUGAAGAGAAUAAACAUUAGAAUAAUUUUUGUACCCUAUUUUUUUAACGAAUUGGCGUCGUUUUGUAGUGUGAAAAUAACGUAAUGUGUUUCAAAAUUGAAUUAACAAAUUGUGAGAUUAACGGAAUUAAGGCGAGUCAGUAGUCGUAAGUGAGUUUAAAACGAUUUGCAUUAACAAAGGAAAAUAACCAACAGGAAAAGCCAAAAAACAAAAAUCCCUUCAAUUUGAAAAAACAAUAGUCACUUUGCUGUCGUCACCCUGGAGAAUAGUUACGGCUGUUCUGAAAUCAAUAAAAUCUCUUCGAUUGAACGCUGAAAGACUCACGAGAUAAACCGAUUGGACGGCAUGGAAGGCGCAAUCCAUAAGAGUUAUUUUGCAAAAAUAAUGAAAAUGUUUUAAAAUGCAAAUCAUGCUGGUAGUGCGGACCAAACGGGGGACAACUGAAGAGAAUAUUCAGAAAACUAAAGAAAUAAAAACGUGAAAAGCCGCUCCAUCGGUAAUGCAAGUCGUUCACAUAGUCAUUAAGUCUUAAGAACGAACUUAUUAAGUAAAGACACCACCUGAGGGGCUAUAAAUUGGGACCACUUUGCCAACCACUUCGUUCUCACAUGCCGAGUCAGUGCCAAUGUCCCACGGGAAGCGUGAGAGCAACUUCGAAAUGCCGACGAAUUCGAUAAGUUUUGACUGGAAAUUGGUCCCAGUUACAUACCCUCAGUUCGGUGGUUCAAGUUGCACGAUUCAUUAAUUGGCUUCGUGGUACUCAAAGCGAUACGUUUAACAUUUAAGUCGAUAAAAUUUUUUCCACCGAAAAAUUGUAAUUACGGAGGGACUUCGAUUGAGCUCUCCACGCGAAUUUUUAUAUACCAUUUUUUAGGGCUCAUAUUUCAUUCGUAUUCGAUAUUUCUUGGGUAAAUUGUGGGUAAGAAGAGUAGUGAGACGUGGUCAGCAGAUUAAAUUAUUUGAAUAUUUAUUGAUAAUUAUAAACUAUCAAUUUAUUCUCCAGUGAAUGAUUUCAAUAAAUUACGAAUUAUGGGAGUUCUUUUGUCAUUACCGGGAAAUUAUUUUUCAAAUUAAUCGUUGUGAUAGACCCGCGUUUCACUGUUCUGCAACUCUAUUUAGUCUCGAGAAAAUCGUCGAGGAUGCAAGCUCGUUAUUUUCCAGAGAAUAUUGAGAUAAGGAAUCAAUACGAGCUUUUUUCGACGAACUCGAGCGGCAAUGGGCGAUAGACUGCAAAAGUUAAAGCAAAAAUUAGAAAAAAAUAAAUGCAUAAUUGGAAAUUUCUUGAAAUCGAUUUUUGUCACGCGCGACGUACACUGUCAGAAAAUUACUCCCAAAAUUUCGAGUAAAGAUCUUUACUAUUUAGCAAUUAAAUUGACACAAUAUGUUUAUGUCUUUGUUACUGAAAUAUUAGUUGAUAGCAAUGAAAAUUGUCGAAUGUUGUGGAACGUAUAAUUAAGGAAUUGAAUUUGUAUGAAAUUCAAUCGAAUUGAAAAUAACAUUCUCACAGUGUAAAUCGUAAUAUCGAAAAAAGGAAAAAAUUUUACCGUAAAAUUUUCAAUGUGUAUUAAUCGCGAUUGGUCGUAUUAAUUAUUUAAACCAUACGUAGAUUCAUAGGGCGUAGUAAACGUAAAAUGAUUACCGUCACAUCCCACUAGCUUAGUCAACGAGUCACGUGUAUUUGUGAUUAAUUCAACUGAAUUUGAAGAACUGAAUGUCGUCACUAGAUAAAUCAAUCCCGCUGCAAUACCACAAAUACACUGGCUCAAGAUGUAGUGGCCCGUGUGCGUGUUAUGUGUGUAUGUUAUUAUUCGAAUGCACGAUAAAUCCUUAAUUGUUAAUUAAUUAAUGAAGCAAGUCCUUUCAAAUAAUAUUCAUCAUCGAUGUAUCCUCGUUUAACCAUCGAUAAUAGCCAUUCGUUUGCCCCACCCCCCCCCCUGUUUUGUUUGAAGAUGAAGGGUGAAGAGUGGAAAAAAAAAAUAUAUGAAAAUAAAGUGCAAGAUCCAGACACGAAAGUUCGCCUGAAAAUCGUAAUGAUAUAUCAUUUCUCGGCAAUAAAGAUAGUGAAUAAUUUUAUAGGAUCGUUUAUUCGGCACUUCUACAUUUUCCGAGGGGGAGAGAACAUUGGGGGAAUAAUAAAACGUCUUCAGCGAUACAUCUCACGCGAAAUGACCUCCUGGGUAACCCCUUUAUUCGUUCCCAUUUCAAAGUUUUUUUUCUCCUUCAGGAUCACUUUAAUUGGCAGACGUCUCAAGUAGAAACAAAUAGUCUCAUUAACAAUUCAAAUGUGAGCGAAACUUUGGGAAAAAAAGUGAUUAAUGAAUUGUCACAAAUGAAUUGCAAAUUAGAAUGAUAAGUUUUUGCAGAAUUUCAUGAAGAGAAGAAUCGUUUGACUACGUUUCGGGGUUUUUUUAUCGUGCAAAAUUAUGUUCAUUAACGACAGAAAAUAAGAAGCAGCAAUAAGUAAAUUACCUUAAUUCAAUAAAAAGCUUCUUUGGUGUAACCAAAGCUAUUCUAAACAAAAUGAAUUUGAUUUCUUCCAUUACAUUGAAAGGAUUGGUUUUGCUGGCAAUUAAAUUAUUUGAUCUACUCAGAAUCGCUUGAACUGCCUCGAUAAUGAACUAAGAAACUGAACUCUUUAAAUAAAUAAUUCUGCUAACUCGCUUUUUACCACAAAUUUUUCCACAUUUGACUAGUUAUUUUUUUUCCUUUAAGACGUUUCAAUGGUCAGACGUCUCGAGUGCAAAUAAUUAAGAGAAAAAAAACAUUGAGAAAUACUGCAAUUUUCUACUGUGAAUUAAGUAUAAAAACCGUUCGUGUCUGGGUCAACUACACCUUUAAUACGGAGACUUGGCUGCAGGCUGCCAGUUUCACUCGGGAAUUCUUUUUUUGCUGUGAGGGACGCUCUCGACGCACGAAAGAAAAAGAAAUACAAAUCUAUAUAUCUAUACAUGAAGAAAGUAGAGUGUUCUCCGAUAAUAUCCAAUCUAAUAUCGUCGUGUCUGGACUUGACAUCCGGAGAGCGAAAAUCAAUUACGCGGAGUGUAGAGAGAUAGGGAGAUGUUCCCAGAGAACCGGAACAAUGCGAGAACAAAUGGAUGGAACGAAAGAAAAAAAAAUUGCAAACUAAGACAGAGAUACGAGAAGAUAGAUAAAAGCAGAGCAAAGCAGAGGCAGCUGUGUCCCUUACAAUACCUCCCCCAUAAGAGUACAAAUUUUUCUAAUAAAGUAAUAUUAUAUCGACGGACGAAUAAUAUAAAAUGGAACGGAGUUAGAAAAGAGGAUGAGGAAUGAUACGAAAGAAAAAUAACCGGAAAUAGAAUCGAGAGAGUAAGAAAUAAAUUACUUAUUAUCUAUUAUUGAGGAAAAGAUGAAGGUAAAAGUGAAAAGAGUAAAUAUGAAGAAUAAAGAAUUAAGGUUUUAACGAUGUUUUCUCUGGUGUAGGAAUUAUUACGAUAAUUAUAUUGAAUAUAAUAAAUUAUUUAUAAGGUACGAGAACUACCUAUACCUAAUCUAGAAAAUGAAAUAAAAUCUUUAGACUUACACUCGUGUAGUGGAAUAAUUAACAGAUGGACAAAUUUAAAUCUAAUGAAAGGGGAAAAAACAUAAGGAUUAACGAGAAAACCUCAAUUAUUGUGUCUGCAUUAAUCAAUUUAUCUAUUAUAAACUGCCAUUAGGCACUGAAUGUCUAACAAUAGCCAUCGACAGGUGUAGACUACAUCUGCUAUACAAAAAAAAAUAGAUUUUAUGCCGGCAGGUGCCAAAAAUAUAUAGAUUAUUUGUUCUUCAAACGUAUGAAUCAUCUUCGUUGUAAUCACAAUUUAAUCCUCACUUUGAUUAACUAAAUUGUAGAAACUUAACGAAAUUGAAUAGUAGACGCGCGUGAUGGUGUGUUUAGUGCUGAUGUAGGUGCAUUGGGACUCGCGUAUUUAUGGAAUCGUGUGGAAUUGGCAGUGAUUUCGGGAAUUCGAAUUGUAGAAAACGUUGAUUUUAGGUGCGUUAUUAUCGCAUGCAUCCUCAUCUGCAAAUACGACUCGUUCGUAUUUACAUUUUUUUUCAUUCUCUAUUCUUUAUUGAAGUGAAAUAGUGGAGAGCCUUCGAUAGUGAACCGACCUAAUGGAAUGAGGAAAAAACUGCAGACGAUGAACGAUUUCAACAGACAGAGAAUGUAAAUAAAUGAUGAAUGGUUUUAAGUGUUUGAAAAUUCCCGCCUGGUGGUAGCGCUGCCAUUUUAUGUACUAACGCAAGAAGCAUCUAUGAUGGCGGCACUGCCACCUCCAUUUGAAGGAUUUCAAAAAAUUAUUUGUUGUAUCCAGAGUUUUUGUGAAUUUUCUUUAAUCGGUCUGAACGCGCAGAACAUUUUUAUAAAGUCUACUUCAAAAUUUGACCAUUCCCUUUGUGUUGAACAUUGACAGCAGUCACCAGUUUUCUCUGAUUUCAGUGGCUUUUCUCCUUCCAGAGGCCUCUCAAUAUAGAGCACUUGCUCUGACACUUUCAGGAAUCCAAAUACUGCCUGCGAAUUUCAAUAUUCGCUGAAAUAAGACUCAAGAAACAUAAAAAUAGAAACAUAAAAACCAAAAAGUCAAGGUCUGAAUGAACGAAAUAUCAAAGUUUUCUCAUAAAACUUGGGCCAUAAAUGGGUGAAUAAACGUGAAGGAAUGGUAGACAUGACUUCUCUCUGGUUUAUUUAGCAUUAUCCAUGGAUCGGGGAUUUAAUUUAUUUCGUAAUAAAAUUUAUGACACGGAGAGUUGGCACAUCCGAUGCUCCAUAUUCGAAUAUUCAAGAGUUGCUUUGAACAUUCGAGUAUCCGUGCUGAGAAUCGAGCUUCGGACGCGCUGGACUUGACGUAAAAAAAUCGGUAAAAAAAAAAAUUUUUGAAGUGAAACUCCCGACGAUAUAUUUUUGAUAAGAAUCUAAAAGAAUCUAAAGUCAAGACUUUCUCGGACGAAUAUAAUAUACUAGUUCUAUAAUAAAGUAGAUAACGUGGGUUGGAGUGAAGUGGUGUCUCGUGACUUCGAAGUUGCUCACCUUUUCGAGCACAAUAAAAAGAAGAAUAAAAAUCGACAGUCUCUGCAGGCGUGAAUUCAUGACCGUGGGGUACGGCGAAGGCUUUUAUACCCUAAAAAUGAAUGAUCUUAGAUUAAUAUUUGAGCUGGUACCACAGGCGAAUGUUCAAUCCAAUUGAACUCGCUGUGAAUAAUACGAAAACCGGUUCGUCCUUGCUUUUUUUUAGAACUUCGUCCUGCUUCGGUGAAGCGGAUUCCUCCUACAGAGUCUCGUCUCGAGAUAAAAUUCCCUCGACGUUUAUUCGCCCGGCAAAAAAAAAAAUUAUAAAACACUUUCAGAGAGCCAUUUACAAUUUAUAAUAAAUACCGACAUUUACAAAGGGAAAAGAAUGAAGAAAAAAAAAAUCCAUUUCUUAAAAAUUUUUGCACGAAUUUGUUAGGAACAAAAAACAUAGCUGAAAUUAAUGAUAAAUAUAAUAGAAUGAAAACGAUCUAGUUGAACAUAAACUGUGGUACAACUGACAUGGGAUGUAUGCGUGUUAUAUUUCAUCCGUACUACUACUUAUUAUCAUUAUUCAAUUAUCAUUAUUACAAAGGGAAGAAAAAAAAUAUUAUCAUUACAAUGAUUAAUUGAUUAAUUAUUAUUACAAUCGUUAGAGUAUAAAAGUUGAUAUUUAAUGAAUUGGUAUUGUAAUUGUAUGCACUAUAUUUGUUUGGUUGGCUUUUGAUGAGAAAGGGCGAGAGUCUAAUAUAGAAAAAUGAACUAAAAAAAAAAAAUAAAACUCGGGUUAUUAGAUACCUACUACGCUGUACCUUUCGCCGAUGGGAGUUGACAAUGUCCUGGUGUGAGAGAAUGGGCUCAGCUAAUGCCACAAGGUACUGAAGUAAUACAAUAACAACAGAGGGAUAUGCAGAGAGUGCGUACAAUGCGCAAAUGAAUGUUCAUUAAUCGAAUCAGAAUAGAGAAUGGCAAUAACAAUAAGACAAUAGUCAUUAAAUUUUCCCAAAACCCACCACAACAAUGAAUUGAAGUUUUAGCUGCAAUAGAAAUCCGUGAAACCUCAAUUCAUUUACAUUUGAAACUGCUAAAAUGGAGGAAUAAAUGGAAUUUCCCUCGCAUUCAUUCACCAAAAAAAAAUGUUCACCAUAAAGCUGAAAGGAAAAAAUAUAGUAAAAAGAAGUAGAUUAAACGCUGGGCGUUAAUCUCCUCCAUCCGAAACAGCCUAAGCCCCAAAAUCUCCAACAAUUUAUUCUCAACACCAGUGACGACUCCUUAACUGAUAAAAACAAAUCCCACCGGCCUGCAUCUGAGAGGGAAUGAGAAUGAGAAAGUUAGUGCACUUGCUGGAAAAAUAAACCCAAUUGUUGGACGAUUGAUUUAUUUUCCAGUGUCCAACGUUCAGUGAUCGAUAGAAAUGCGAAAGAAAAGAAAAAAAAUGCUUGUAUUAGAAAUUGAAUGAGAACAAAAUGGUAUAUCAGCGUGUAUAUGACGUAACAUUACCACACAUUGAACUAUUCAACUCUUCGAUGUAUCGAAUAAUAGUGGUCAUUACUUUAAUUUCUUCCAUAUUACUUUGGCUUGCGCGGCAAUCCCACCGACAGUUAUAACGAAACACAACGACAUUUAAUGUAGAGAAUAAAAUUGCUUUAAAAUGAGUGGAAAAAGCAUCUAGAGAAGAAUUAAUUGAAAUAGUUGAAAAUGUUCUCUGUAGAAAAACAUACCGAAAUGGCGCCGGAUCGCAUUGCAAAUGACUUAGAAUCACGACUUCUUUGUUCUUCGUUUAAUUCUUUUUAAUCUCGUAAGUGUGUUGUAACGGCAAGACCAUUCUGUUUUCUUCUAGAUUUAAAAACAAAAAUAGUAAAAAAAAAAUUAACUGAACAGGAGGGAGAAAAUACGAUGAAUACAGCGUGUGAGGAACGAGCUUUAUACCGCUUUUAUAUGUUAGUGUGGAUACCACGUAAAGAUUAAAAGAGACAGAAAAUAAAACAAAUCUACGCAACCCCCCUAACUAUGUAACUAAUUAAACUACUCUCUAUAUGCAAGAAAAAGUAAAAAAAAAAUAAUGAUAAUGAAUAAAAUUGUGAACAUAAUAUAUAUUAUAGAUAUAUUGUGACGGUAAUAAUUAUUAUAUAUUAAUAAAUACGAUUAUUACGCUAAUGAAGAAUACGAGUAUGACGAAUGAGUUUUAAGGAAAGUAUACAUAUUAAUAAACAUUUUUUAAUGCCAAUAUCAUAAAGAUACUGGUGAAAUUGAAA